AUGUUUUCAAUUACUCCAACAAUUAAUAGCGAUUCCGUUCGCUCAAUCUUCAAUACUCAACAUAUAUCUGUGAUUUCAAAAACCCAUCACUUUUCAACCUUCAAAUUUACUUCUUCCUCUUUUAACAACACCCUUAUUCGCCAACCAAACUUCAAACCCACCAUCAUCUUUGAACCACAACAAAAUAAUCCAACUUCCCUUAAUUUUAAUCACAAUUCAAUAUCAGAUGUUUUACGAUUAAUGGAUGGCCUGGAAUUCACAUUUUCUCCUGAUAUUUAUGCUUCUCUUAUCGAUGAAUGCACCCAAAAGACUGAUAAAAUUCAAGCAGUAGAAUUAUAUAACCACAUGAAACUAAAUGGUAGGAUGACAUAUUUCCUCAAUGAAUCUACUGGGUUGUUAUUAUUGAAUCGGAUUUUAUUGAUGUUAGUAAGUUGUGGUUGUUUUGAUAUUGCCCACCAAGUGUUUGAUGAAAUGCAACACAGAAAUUUUGUUUCUUUGGCAAUUAUGAUGGGUGGUCUUAUUCAUAAUCAUCUUUUUGAGCAAGCAAUACUUUUAUUUGUUAAUAUGCACCAGUAUUUUAUACAUCAAAAGACUGAUAUAGGUUUGGAAGUUGUUGUGGUUUGUUUUCUUAAAGCUUGUGUGCAUUUGAAGAGUGUUGAAUUGGGAAAGAUGGUUCAUGGGUGGUUGCUUAAAAUGGGUUAUAAUAGAGGAUUAUUUGUUGACACUGCUUUAGUUGAGUUAUAUGGAAAAUGUGGAUGUUUAUGUGAAGCUAACCAUGUGCUUUUCGAUCGGAUUAGAAUGGUUGAUCAUUGUGAUACUGUGUUGUGGACUGGUGCAAUUGUGAAUAACUGUCACGAGCAAUGUUUUAAAGAAGUAAUCAGAAUUUUUCGAGAGAUGGGUGAGGCCGGAGUGACGAUGAAUGAGUAUACGUUUUCGACUGUUCUUAAGGCUUGUGGAAGAGUAAACGAUGAUGGAUCGUUUGGGAAACAAGUUCAUGGAAAUGCUAUAAAACUUGCGGCUGAUACUCAUGUUUUUGUGAUGUGUGCGCUCAUUGACAUGUAUGGUAGAUGUGGAUUGUUGACAGAUGCUAAGAAGGUUUUUGACUUGAUACAUCCUAGAAAAAGAAAUAGUGCUUGUUGGAAUGCCAUGGUUACUGGCUAUAUAGACCAUGGAUUGUACAUUGAAGCCAUAAAGAUGAUAUACCAAAUGAAGGUUGCUGGUGUGCAACCUCAUAAAUCAAUGGUUGAUGAACUAAGUCUGGCCUGUGGUACUUUGAAGCUUUAG